AUGAGGCCGCUGGAUCUCAUCCAUCAUCUUGGUGCCAUUCUCGCAAUUCAAGGAUACCCAACUUGGUCUGUUAGCCAGCCAAUCGACGCAGUGAGUAGUGUGGUUCAAGCCAGAAAGGUGGCCGACAUCUGUCUAUUAUGGAUCGUAUUCGCAGGUGCAUACAGCUCCAUCAAAGCCUUAGGCCAUAUCAUUCGACGUUGUCUUGUAUUCAAGCCCGUCGCGCUCUGCAGGCUCUAUAUCUUCAUUUUUUACGCUGGCCUAGGAGUGACAAUUUUGGAGGCACUGACCGUUUUCUACGCGACGUUGCUCGGAUGGGGUGAGCUGCCUAUGCUUGCCAGAGUGGUCUUGAUGGGUUUACAGAUCGUAUAUACCUCCACCAAGUGGGCGCAUAUCCGAAUGUUUCGCGACAUGUAUGCGACUGAGAAGAAGAGAUCUUCGAUUUACACCUGUGCAAGCCUGAUUGAGCUGUCCAGGUAG